AUGCUGCACACCGCUUCGCUGACACCCGCCCCCCUUCUCCCGAAACGCAGGGACUCGGACAAGCCCGCCGCCUCUGCGCCGGCUGCGGAGAAGGAUUUGACACUCGACGAGACGGUCGAACACGCCAAACGCGCCUUCGCGCUCAAGAAAUACGAGCAGGCGGUGGAGCAUUACACGUCCGCCCUGGAGCUCGUCACAAAGAAGCACGGCGAGGACCUGUACUUCGCGUAUGGAAAGGCACUGCUGGAGUACGCCAUCUCCCAGGCCGGCGUGCUGGGCAAGCAGGACCCCGACGAGCCGGUGGAGGACGACAAAGAAGGCGGUCGAGGAGGAGGACGACGACGACGCGGAGCCCGAGGAUUCGAGAAGCGGCCGGACCCGUCCGAUGAGCUCAAUCUCAAGCUCGCCGAGGUCUUCAUCACGCUCGGCGACGUCUCGCUCGAGACAGAAAAAUUCGAACAGGCGAUCUCAGACUACGAGGCUGGGCUCGCGCUGAAGGACCCCCUGCUCCCGCUGUCCUCGCGCCAGAUCGCAGAGGCGCACUACAAGCUGAGCAUCGUCCUCGACCUCACCGCAGGCCGCCUCGGGGACUCCAUCGUCCACACCGAACGCGCGCUCGACAGGAGGCUCGGCUCGCGGAGCUGCGCGUCGCGCUCAGCGGGCAGGGUCUCGUCAAGUCCGAGGGCGCGCGUGGCGGGUGCCAGCGGUGGCAAGGGCAAAGGCAAAGCGACGGGUGCUCCCCUGGAGGACAACGACGCGGUCUCGCGCAUGUCGAAGAGCCAGAUGGAGGCAGAGAAGGAGCUCAAGGGUCUGCGUGAAGACCUGGCUCUGAAGGUGAAGGAGCUGAAAACGUCACCGAACGAGUCGGCAGCGUCCGCGCCCGAGCUGGCGGCCCAGGCGAGCUCAGCGCCGGGUCAUCUGCAGCAGCGCCGAGUGGGGUCCAAACGGAGGCGAACGAUCUCACCGGGCUCGUGA